ACAAAUGGACGCCCUUUUGGAGGCAUGCACAUUUUCCAAAAGCUGGCACAAAUAAUAAAACAACGCUGCAUGAUGCCCAUCAAGACCCCUGCUAAUCCCUGAUCCCAGUCUCGGUGCCAAUCCCAUGUCGUUAUGUAGUACUAGUACGGAGUAGUAUGUGCAAGCUAAGCUAAAGCUCUGACGACGUGGGUCCUGUAGCUGCUGCACAUCUCCACUAUAAAUCUGCCCUCUCGCCUCCAUAAUCACAGGCCAUUCGCUCUCUUCUCCGUUCCGCUCCACAGCUAGCUAGCUCGACCGACCGAGCACGAGCAAGCAUGUACCCGGCCGAGCUCGCCAGCGUCCCGUACCUCUCGGCUGCGACCGCAACCGCGGCCUUCAGGCCCCAUUACCAGGUGGCUCCGGACGACUUCCUCUUCCAGUACAACGGCGGCGGCCUCCUGGUUCCUCAGGCGGCGACCUCCCCCUGCUCCUCGUACCAGCAGCACGACGUCGCCGGCCAGCUGCUCCACGAGGCCGCCUCCGCCGGCGGGCUCCUCCUGCCGUUCGGGGCCAGAUCGUCCAACUCGGACGAGUCGGACGAGUACCACCACCACCACCAGGCGGCGCACUGCAGCCUCGCGGAGGAGCGGCGGCGACGGCGGAUGGUCUCGAACCGGGAGUCGGCGCGGCGGUCGCGCAUGAGGAAGCAGAAGCAGCUGAGCGAGCUGUGGGCGCAGGUGGUGCACCUCCGCGGCGCCAACCGCCAGCUGCUUGACCAGCUCAACCGCGUCAUCAGGGACUGCGACCGCGUGCUGCGCGACAAUUCUUCCCUGAGGGCCGAGCAGGCCGAGCUGCGGGAGCGGCUCGAGAAGCUCCCGGUGCCGGUGGCCGUGGCGGUGGAGGACGCGGAAGAAGAAGAGGGUAGGGUGAUAUGAUCGACUAGAUGAUCGGUGUUAUUAUAUGAGAACGUGAAUUACCAUUUUUGUACCUCUGCUGUGCUCUAUGAGGGACGCCAUUGUUAGCAUGUACGUAUUCUUUUAGACAUACCAGUGUUGGCAUGUACUACUAGUAGUAGUUCCAAAUAAGAAAAUGUUGGCAUGUUGUCCAGUUUC